AUGUGAAAUUGAGGCAACCUUAGAGAGACUAAAGAAACUGGAGCGUGAUCUGAGCUUUAAAGAGCAGGAACUAAAGGAACGGGAGCGACGUUUGAAGAUGUGGGAGCAGAAGUUAACCGAACAGUCCAAUACUCCUUUGCUGCCCUCCUUUGAUAUUUGUGCAUGGACCGAAGAAGAUGUGUUUUUCUGGAUGCAACAACUUACUAGAAAAGGAGAUACUUCUGGUGAAAUGAGUGUAUAUGCUACCUUGUUUAAGGAACAUCAUAUCACUGGGAAACGAUUGCUUCUUCUAGAAGAAGAGGAUUUGAAGGACAUGGGAAUUGUUUCCAGAGGACACAUCAUCCAUUUAAAGACUGCUAUUGAGAAGUUAACUCAUGACUACCUAAACCUGUUUCAUUUUCCACCAUUAAUUAAGGAUUCUGCAGGUGGAACCGAAGAAAACAUAGAGAAAAUAGUGAAUCUUGAACUCGUUUUUGGUUAUCACUUGAAGCCGGGAAAUGGUCCAAAGGAUUGUAAAUGGAAAAUGUACAUGGAGAUGGACGGGGAUGAAAUUGCAAUAACCUACAUAAAAGAUGUGACAUUCAACACUAACCUACCUGAUGUAGAGAUUUUAAAGAUGACAAAGCCACCGUUUGUAAUGGAGAAAUGGAUUGUGGGGAUAGAAGAACACCAAUCUGUAGAAUGUGUUGUUACAUAUGAGAGCGACGUCAGAGCUCCCAAAACCACCAGGCACAUCCAAGCUAUCUGCUGGAGCAAGGUGAAAGCACAGGACAAGGUCGAGACGGUACAGCUCAUGAUACAGACCUCACUCCCCAACUCGGAGGGGAAUUCACGGAGCAGAUCUGACUCAAGCAUUGACAGCCAGUGGAUGCAGAUGCUGCGGAUGCACCAAAUAGCGAAAGCCACUUCUCUCCAGCACAGCCACCCCCACAGCCCGACCACUGUUAGCCACUACCUGCCCUACCUCCGCAGCCAGGACUCCUACGCCGCUGCCGUGAGGAGGAUGCGCGGUCCCGUCAGUUACCAGCUCACGUCCAUCAGCCACUCCAGAAACUCCUCUCCCUUCUCGCACAGCUUGACGAGAAAUCUCUCGAGUCUGCACCUAAACUCGAAGGGUAGCAGCACCUCCAGCACGGCCUCUGACACCACUUCGGAGAGGGACAGGUCCACUGGCAAGGGCAGGAACACCUCGCACAGCGGUAACUCCCGCAGCUCCUCAGAUGGGCGGCGCAGUGGGACCAGCCCCCGCAGGUACCCCCGCAGCCCCCUCCCGCCCAGGACCAUCCCGGGCAUGCCCCCGCAGGGCGAGAGCGAGCCCCGGAGGGGCGAAGGGGAGAGCAGAGCCAGCGAGGGGGGAUGGAUAAAGGUGCAGCAUGCAAAGAAAUCCCACAGGCAGACCGCCGGCAAGCCAGGGAAGGAGAGGCCCCGGGGGAGCUGGCGGGGCCGAAGGACGUUCUGA